GAGUGGCUGCUGACUAAUUAAUCCUCUUAGCGUUCUUCACUCUGCAGCUCCGCUUUGCGGCAGUUGUUGACUUGCUUUCAAAAGCAUCCAGGUGGUGACCUACAAUCCAGCGAGAGGGAGUUCACGCAUCUUUGAUGAGAGGAUAGCUCACUCUCUACAUUAGUACGGAGUCUCUCAUCACCGCGGGGACCACUCUAAGAUUAGCCUGUUUUCUUUUAUUUGCAUGUUUAACAUCUUUGUUAUGAUAUCUGACUACGAUUGCUGUGCAAUGAAGUCGGCAGAAGUGGAACAUGACAAACUGGAUGCAUCUAUCCUGGGACAAAUGCUGGACUUGAGGAGUGGAGGCAUGGUGUGCAAAACAAGAGAGGUCCGCAGCUUCCUCCUGAUCUGAGCCCAACAGCUGAUGCCAGCUGAGGUCUUCGCCAUGGUGACCUUCGCUGACACCAGGCAGGUCUCCCCAAUGGAGCUGCACGAGCCUCCAUGUCUGAACGCCACCCUGUCGCCGGGGCUCAGGCGGAAAAAGAUGCUGUGGCAGAACGCAGUGAAACACAUCAUUACCCAACAGGAGCUCAGCGCUCAGGUGGGUGUGGAACCUGUUCGCAAAAUCUUUGUGACCGACGCCUACAUAGAUGAGAUCAACCGACAAAUCCGCAGCAAGGCCUCCCGUGGCGUCACAAAGCGGCGCUCCUCCACAUUCAGAAUCCAUAGUCGAUCCUCCACCAGCACGCAUGGCAGCGUCAGGGCUUCCACACAGGACUACACCAGCGACGCCGACUUCUUCGUGCACUGGUGCAACACGGUUCACAGCGUUUACAUCCCCACGCUGGGGCACACCUUCAAGUCCCGUGAUCUGGAGAAGCUCUACCAGCAAUACUCCUCCCAGCAGAGGAGGAACUCUCUGGCCAUCACCAAUGUGAUUGAUGCAGUGGCAAAGCUCCACCUGUUGGUUCUGUACCUGGCACUGGCUCCGGAUGCUGUCACGGAUUGUUUGCGUGGCUAUUUGACUGGCUUCUUCAUGGCGUUGGCUGUAGGUCUUUGCAUGCUAGUGUUAACCUGCAAGGACUCCAUGUCCCCACAGUGGCUCCAUUAUGCUGGGCUUGCAAGUUGGCUGUCACAGACGGCACAGAUCCUAGGAGGUCUGGCUUAUGGGCUAGAGAAAGACCCAUCAUGGUAUAUUUUAUUCACACUGUUUGCAACAUAUACCCUGCUGCCAUUGCCUUUGCUAUGGGCCCUGUGUGCGGGCUUCCUCACCCCAAUACUGCACAUUUUGAUGGAGAUAUGGCUCUACUACAAUGAUGCUUUGCUUUUGAAUAAGGUGUUUGCCAAAGGCCUGCUGUAUGCGGGUAUGAACACAGCUGGCUUGUUCAUCCACUACCUGACGGACCACGCCCAGCGACAGGUCUUCUUGGAGACACGGCGUUGCGUCGAGGGCCGUCUCAAACUCGAGCAAGAGAACCAAAGACAGGAGCGGCUGGUCCUGUCGAUCCUGCCUCGCUUUGUUGCUUUGGAAAUGAUUGCUGACAUGAGCUCCAUGGAGAACGAACUGAACCCCCAGGAGUUUUAUAAGAUCUACAUCCACCAGUAUAAAGACGUCAGCAUCCUUUUUGCAGACAUUAAGGGCUUCACCCAGCUGUCCAUAAACCUGUCAGCCCAGGAAAUGGUUCGAACCCUCAACGAGCUGUUUGGACGUUUUGACCGACUAGCUGAGGAGCACCACUGCUUGCGGAUAAAGAUUUUGGGAGACUGUUACUAUUGUGUUUCUGGAGUGCCUGAGCCACAGCUUGCCCACGCACGUCACUGUGUAGAAAUGGGUCUGGCAAUGAUCCGCACAAUACGACACAUCCAGAAGCAGCUGAACUUUGACUUGGAAAUGAGGAUCGGUAUCCACUCUGGCUCCGUCCUCUGUGGCGUGCUGGGCUUGCAGAAAUGGCAGUUCGAUGUCUGGUCCUGGGACGUGAGCAUCGCCAACAUGAUGGAAGCAGGAGGAAUACCUGGACGGAUCCACAUCUCGAGGGCCACCCUGGAUUGCUUGGGAACCACAUACGAAACAGAGGAUGGCCAUGGCCGUGACAGGAAUGAGUUUCUUCGAAAACACAACAUUGACACCUUCCUUAUUCGCCCUCCUGAGGAAUGGUAUGAAGACGACCAUCCUGAGCCCAUAAAAGCCCGGAAGAGCAUUCGGACCUGGAACCCAGAGAUUCCUUUUGGCCAUGCUAUUGAUACGAACAGUAUUCUGGCCUCUUUCACCAAUGGUUCUCUGCCCAGUUUAUGGCAGUGCACCUCCAGAGAGAUUAACAGACGCAUCAAACACGCCAUCGAGGUUCGAAGCAGUGAGCGGAUGCACAACGAGCACAUCACUGCACUUACCCUGGUGUUCAAAGACACGCACAUAGAGAACAAGUUCUGCCUGAUAAGAGAUGAGAUGUUUAACUCCAACCUGGUCUGCUCCUUCAUCUUGCUCCUCUUUCUCAUGGCUGCCCAGGCGGUCAUCCCUACGCCCAGACUGUUCCCUGCUCUCCUCCAGUUUUCCCUCUUUCUUCUUGCCUAUGUGCUGCUGCUGCUGCUCGCCCUUGCUGAGGAGUUCAAGUGGACUCCUGCAGCUCUGCAGCAGUUCUGCUGCUGGAUCCACGAAAACAAAAGCGCCCGAAACCUCCUCACCCUCUCAGCCAUCAUCAUCAACUUCAGCCUGGCUUCGACUGACAUGGUCUGGUGUGUCCAAUCAGCCACGGGAGACGCUGACAUAAUGGAGAAGAGGAGCACAGCCUCACUUUCAGUCACCAUCUGCACUUAUCCUGAGAUCUUUGUGCUGAGCGGCGUGGUGGCCAUGGUGACGUGUGCCGUGUUCCUGCGCCUGAACUCGCUGCUGAAGCUGGCCGUGCUGCUGCUGCUGGUCGCCGUCUACUCCUACCUCAUCCACCUCGCCUUCGUCACGCUCGCAUGUAACGACGUCCAGCACGGAUCCCACUAUGUCAGGAGGAAAGGCAUUUCCAUUCUUCUCAUGGCGAUGUUUAUUGUAGCUGUCUUCUACAAUGGGCGACAGUGGGAGGCCACCGCCAGGCUGGACUUCCUGUGGCGUCUGCAGGCCCAGCAGGAGGUGGAGGACAUGAGGGAGCUGCGAGAACACAACGAGUGUUUGCUGCACAACAUCCUGCCCUCGCAUGUCGCACAGCAUUUCCUGGAGCGCAGCAGACACGAUGAGGAGCUUUAUUCUCAGUCCUACGAUGAAGUGGGCGUUAUGUUCGCUUCUGUUGUCGGGUUCGACGAUUACGUUGAGCAGAAAGAGGUCAAACAUGAAGGGGUGGACUGUCUCCGACUGUUGAAUGAGAUCAUAGCCGGCUUCGAUGAGCUAUUGGAGGAAUCUUAUUUCCAUUAUGUGGAGAAGAUCAAGACAGUAGGAAGCUGCUACAUGGCAGCGUCUGGUUUGGCUCCAAAUAAACAGGGAUCCGUGGAUGAGUGGAAUCACCUGAGUGAGCUGGUGCUGUUUGCUUUGGCGAUGCAGGAGGUCUUAAGAGAGAUAAAUAACUACUCUGCCCAAAACUUUGAGCUCCGUGUGGGCAUUGCCCAUGGGCCGGUGAUUGCAGGGGUGAUCGGUGCCACCAAGCCCCAGUAUGAUAUCUGGGGAUCGACGGUGAACCUGGCCAGUCGCAUGGACAGCACAGGUGUGAGCGGCCGCAUCCAAGUCCCGGAGGCCACCCGCAAGAUCCUGUCCGAAUGGGGCUUCGUCCUUGAACUUCGAGGAGAAAUAUUCAUUAAGGGGGUAAGCGAGUGCCGGGGGAAAGUUCGUACAUAUUUAAUCAGCACCAUCCGCAGUAAGAGGGCCUCUGUUGGAGCAGAGAGGGGGCCAGGGGGCCGUGGGGGAGGUCGUAUGACCCUGGCCGGAGUGGUGCAUGGUCUCGUCCAGGCCAGGCACAAGGAGAAGUUGAGAGAGGCCAAUGGGAACUUUUGUCUAACUCCCCGCAAACUGCCAUGCUGACGGCUGCAUGCAGUUAUGGUCUGCAAAUACUGUUCCUCCAGGUUUACAGGACAGAGCCAAAGUUUGCCAAAAACCCUUGUUCUGCUUUCGUCUGUGUCAUCCUGACUGGGAAGACCUCUCUGACUUCUCCAGCUAUGUAGCAAAGGUUCAGAGCGGACUAUGAACAUUGCUUUGAGAUGAACUUGAGGGAUUUGAUAUUUUUCUUGAUGCCAUUUUGUGUGGUUAAUGAAAAGCCAUAUGUUGUCACAUUUUUUUGGAACGACACUCUGGUAAGAUGACAGACUUUUAUACCAAAACACAGAAUACCUCUAUAAAACCAGCUGAAAUGGCCUAAGCUAUGAAAUAUAUAUUUACUUCAUUGUCCUCUGCCCA